CGAGAAUAGACGUGCUGCGACUUUUUCACUCAGCAGAAAAAACAGGAAAAAAAGAAACAAAUAAAUAUCCCUUUUGGCAAAAAAAAUGGACUCAGGAGCAUACGGAGGCGGAAAAGCGGGAGGCACUUUUGAUCCCAUUGCAUUCGUUCAGCGACCAAUUGUAGUUUUAAGAUCACUUUGCUGGCUUUUUGCCAUCAUCGUUUUCGGAUGCAUAUCGUCCCAAGGUUGGUUAUUGAACGAGCAGAAGAAGGAAUAUUGCAUCAUAAACAACAACGGCAGUGCUUGCAAUUAUGGCGUCGGAAUUGGAGUGAUUGCCUUCUUAGCGUCGAUGGGAUUUCUCGCGGGCGAGUACUUUUUCGAGCAAAUGUCGAGCGUUAAGACCCGCAAACAUUACGUGAUGGGCGAUUUGGCGUUUUCAGGUUUGUGGGCAUUCUUGUACUUUAUCGGAUUUUGUUACUUGGCAAACCAAUGGUCCAACUCGAAAACUCCCGAAGGCAAUUACGGCGUGAGCAACAUCAAUGCCGCCAUCAUUUUUUCGCUAUUUUCGAUCUUUACUUGGGGCGGAUGUGCUUGGUUCGCCUUCCAACGAUUUAAGGCAGGCGUCGAUCCGACAUUCUCCUCGACAUAUGAUCCGACAGCAAAUGCAUAUGCCAGUUAUCCCGUCACGACUGACAUGAAUGAGCAGUAUCAGGAGCCUCCGUUUUCGGGUGUUCAGCCACAAGGCGGACAAGUGAAUUUCCAAGCACCAACAUAUUAAACUAACACAAAAAAAAUACUCAGAAAAAAAUCCUAUUGAUAUCAAAAGAAUUUAUUGAACAAAACCAUGACAAAAAAAACAACUUUUGAUAUUCAAGUCAAUAUUGACAAGAGAAAAUAUAUAUUCCUCACUCACCUACAAAAAAUAUCAGAAUUACCUGUUAUCACAACAUACACCAAAAUAUACAACAACAAAGUUCUAUGCUAUAAAAUUAAAAAAAAAAUAAAAAAUAUUGGCUCUUUCUCUAAUAAUUUAGUGAAU